AGGACGUGGCGCGGAGCUCGCGAUUGGGUCCCCUCCCUCCCCCUCUCAAGGCCCCGCGGUCCUGCGCGGCGGCGGCGCGCGCGCGCGCCCGAACGCGCUGCCCGGCCUUAUAAAGGGCCCACGGCGAGGCGCGCGCUCCAGUCCGCAGAGGGCGCUCCGCGGGUCGUGGUGUGCGCCUGCGCAGUGCGGGCCGUUCCCCGCCCCCUGCCCCGCCGCCCCUGCGCCGGCCGGCCCGGCCCCGCCUCGGCUCCGCGCCCUCGCGCAGCUCUCAGCCGCCGUCUGCCCCGCAGCAGCCAGCCCGGUCUCCGGCAGCAUGUUCAGCUGGGUCAGCAAAGAUGCCCGCCGCAAGAAGGAGCCGGAGCUCUUCCAGACGGUGGCCGAGGGGCUGCGGCAACUGUACGCGCAGAAGCUGCUGCCCCUGGAGGAGCACUACCGCUUCCAUGAGUUCCACUCGCCCGCGCUGGAGGACGCGGACUUCGACAACAAGCCCAUGGUGCUGCUCGUGGGCCAGUACAGCACGGGCAAGACCACCUUCAUCCGGCACCUGAUCGAGCAGGACUUCCCGGGGAUGCGCAUCGGGCCCGAGCCCACCACCGACUCCUUCAUCGCCGUCAUGCACGGCCCCACCGAGGGCGUGGUGCCGGGCAACGCGCUCGUCGUCGAUCCGCGGCGCCCUUUCCGCAAGCUCAACGCCUUCGGCAAUGCCUUCCUCAACAGGUUCAUGUGUGCCCAGCUGCCCAACCCGGUCUUGGACAGCAUCAGCAUCAUCGAUACCCCCGGGAUCCUGUCUGGAGAGAAGCAGCGCAUCAGCAGAGGUUACGACUUCGCGGCCGUCCUGGAGUGGUUCGCCGAGCGCGUGGACCGCAUCAUCCUGCUCUUCGACGCCCACAAGCUGGACAUCUCGGACGAGUUCUCGGAGGUCAUCAAGGCCCUCAAGAACCACGAGGACAAGAUCCGCGUGGUGCUGAACAAGGCCGACCAGAUCGAGACGCAGCAGCUGAUGCGCGUCUACGGGGCCCUCAUGUGGUCCCUGGGCAAGAUCAUCAACACCCCCGAGGUGGUCCGGGUCUACAUCGGCUCCUUCUGGUCCCACCCGCUCCUCAUCCCCGACAACCGCAAGCUCUUCGAGGCCGAGGAGCAGGACCUCUUCAAAGACAUCCAGUCUCUGCCCAGGAACGCUGCCCUCAGGAAGCUCAAUGACCUGAUCAAGCGGGCGCGGCUGGCUAAGGUCCACGCCUACAUCAUCAGCUCCCUCAAGAAGGAGAUGCCCAAUGUCUUCGGGAAAGAGAGCAAGAAGAAAGAGCUGGUGAACAACCUGGGGGAGAUCUAUCAGAAGAUCGAGCGGGAGCACCAGAUCUCGCCCGGCGACUUCCCAAGUCUCCGCAAGAUGCAGGAACUCCUGCAGACCCAGGACUUCAGCAAGUUCCAGGCCUUGAAGCCCAAGCUCCUGGACACGGUGGACGACAUGCUCGCCAACGACAUUGCACGGCUGAUGGUGAUGGUGCGGCAGGAGGAGGCCCAGAUGCCCUCGCAGGCCGUGAAGGGCGGCGCCUUCGACGGCACCAUGAACGGGCCCUUCGGGCACGGCUACGGCGAGGGGGCUGGCGAGGGCAUCGACGACGUCGAGUGGGUGGUGGGCAAGGACAAGCCCACCUACGACGAGAUCUUCUACACGCUGUCGCCGGUCAACGGCAAGAUCACGGGCGCCAACGCCAAGAAGGAGAUGGUGAAGUCCAAGCUGCCCAACACGGUGCUGGGGAAGAUCUGGAAGCUAGCCGACGUGGACAAGGACGGGCUGCUGGACGACGAGGAGUUCGCCCUGGCCAACCACCUAAUCAAGGUCAAGCUGGAGGGCCACGAGCUGCCCGCCGACCUGCCCCCGCACCUGAUCCCGCCCUCCAAGCGGAGGCACGAGUGACUGGCCCGCCCCGUGACAGACUCCCUCCAUCUCAGCACCCAGCCAGGCAGAGAGUGGGGGAGGGCAAGGGUCACAGUUGUCAAGGUCCAUAAAGACUGAGGGGGUGUUUCCUCAGCUCUUAAAAAGGAACCACCAUCUUUCUUCCGAGGCUGUUCCGGGGCCCAGCGGGGGAGGCAGGGGUGACCCUCGUAUGUGAAUGAUGGAAUUUUGUGCGCAAGAACUAUGGAUAUUUUUAAUAUAUAACAUUAGAGGCAGC